AUGCCAGAUACCGCCUCCUUAAAUUCGCAGAGCGCCCGCUCCACAGCCACCAGGUCCAUUUUCAACAAAGGCCCAACUUUCACUCUCGAAACUUUCUCCAACCGCGAUUUCAUUGUCAAAGACUUCAUCGAGUCCCUCUCAGACACUGCCAUCCCGGCGUCCCAGCGCCGAUCAGGUGGACCUGGCGGAAACCAACCCUUCGACCCCAAACCCCUUAUUCGCACCUUCGAACAUGCUCAACGUCGCAUGGUCGAGUUGUCCGGCGACCUGGAGCUACGAGAAAAUGAGCUAUCCGCCGCCGUGAGGAGGGCAGAGGCCCAGCAUGCGCAGAAUGUCAGCUCUCUUGGCCUCAAAUUAAGCCAGACCAUCGAGUCGUUUCAGAAGCUGGAUACAUCCCUCAAUGGGCCAGGCGGAGGGGCUGGUGGAAAUAUUGCUGUUGAGACGGGAAAGAAGCUGGAGGAACUGGACCGCCAGAGGAGGAGGGCUUUGGAUGCACAUUUCCUGAUCGAGUGCUGGGAUGAAGUUAGCAACCGCGGGGAGUUGACCCUCUUGGAAAAUCUAAGGCGAUCGGGAAGCGGUGAGGGAAAGGUUAGGUGUGCGCAUAUGGCCAGGCAAUUACUCAGGAUAAGCAAGAGAUUGGAUCCGAAAAGCUGGAGCGAGGAAAAUGGCAAUCCCGGGAUAAACGGAACAUCUGUGAACGGCUCUUCCACCGCGAAACGUACUAAUACAAGGGAGAUUAUCGAGAAGUUUUCGGAGACUCUGGAGAAAGAUCUGCUGAAACAGUUUGAUGACUUUUACCGGAAAGCCAACUUUGAUGGUAUGCGCGACUGUGCAGCGGUACUAUACGAUUUCAACGGUGGCGCCAGUGUUGUUGGAUUAUUCGUUAAUCAACAUCAGUUCUUUAUUGACCGCAGCCAGCUCAUUACUGAGGAAAUUGGAGGCGAUGCCGAGACGUGGGAAAAGCUAGCUGAUCCCGACGCUGAACCGCCAGUUGUUGAAUCUAGCCUUCAGUCGCUGGUCGACGAAGUCAAGGUGGUGGUGCAGGAGGAAUCUACGAUUAUCAAACGUGCGUUUCCGUAUUAUGAGCAAGUUCUUGAGAAGUUUUUGCAAAGGAUAUUCCAACAAUCUAUACAGCAGCGGUUAGAAAUGGUGUUAGGGAAGGCUGAUAGUGUAUCAUCAUUGGCGUUCCUAAGAUCUCUUCAAACUGCGCGGAGUUAUAUUAGCGGCCUAAUCGACGAUAUGAAGUCACACGGCCUAACGGAACAUCCGGAAACUAUAUCGGCCAAGACUGCUAUCAUCUUGGAUCAACAAUUGGAAGACCUUUUCGUUCCCUAUUUUGGAGGCUCGUCCUACAUCGAAAGAGAGAAAAAAAAUUUGGAGGAGCUUUACACCUCACUCAUGUUCAAAUUUACGACCUUCCAUAGUCGCAGGAAGAAAUCAACAGCCACAUUCAUGUCGUCUCUGGCCAAAUCUGGCAGCGAACUCAUUAACUCUGCCAGGGAUGCGUAUGUCAGUCGGCUCGAUUCGUCAGACUUCACGCCCACUCAAAAACGAAUGCUGCUGCGUGUUGCUGGCCUCAAAGACAAUGCAGAUUUACAAAAGCAAAGUGAAAUUGAGCUUACGGAUGAAGACGGCCGCUUAAACGUCGGCUUUGCGAAGCGAAUGUUGAAAUGGCUUGCUGAAGGGGUUGGGCGCGAUCUAGAAUUGGUUGUCAGCAGCGAUACGCCAAAAGAUGUUUCCGCACUUUUGAACAUGCUUCUAUCUAUGAUGGGAGAAGGAUACGUCGAGGUUGCGCUCGAUGGCACUCUCGAGUCCGCGUCAAGCCAAGAAUCCUCAAAGACAGAACCAGACUUUUCGUACUUGGGCAACCUACGCGGUGCGAUUACCAUCACACACCUAAUGAUGACAUGCAUUAACGCCGUGCUUAUUCCACUUGCAGCUGGGAAUAUUACGAUCAGGAGAGAUAUGGAGAAAAAGGCUGCCCUAACAAUGAACCGGAUCGAGGAUAAGAUCAAUUCUAUCGAGCAGAAAACUGUAGACGUGGCGCUUUCCUGGGUUUCACGACUUCUUUCGGGCCAGAAAAAGAACGACUUCCGUCCGAAGGAAGAUGCCGUAGAUGGUGAUAGCGCAUGGCUGGAGAUGCUGCAGACUCCCACGUGUGCCGCCAUAUCCACCUUCCUUAGCCGUCUACACACCGCAAUCGUCACUUCACUCUCCUCCAGCGGCCCCAACGUCAAAAUUUUCCUCACUGAAAUCGCCCUCGGCGUCCGCACCUUACUCCUCGAACACUUCAAGCGCUUCCCUGUCAACGGGCCCGGCGGCCUUAUGGUUACGAAGGACAUGACCUGCUACGUAGAUUUACUACGAUCAUGGGAUAUCGAUGACGCUGUUAAAGGCGUUGGCGGCGCGCUCGAUGUUCUAUUGGAAGUUGGCAGUCUGUUCGUCGUUGGGCCUGAAGCGUUGCGAGAGAGGGUUCGGGCAGGAACCACUAGGGCGACUGGUAGGGGUGGCGCUGGCUCUGGGACGAGCAGGACAGGCGGAUCCGGGACUGUGGCGCAGGGCAUGGCGGAGGCGGGGUUGACAGUUCAGGAAGUCAGGGCUUAUGUUAUGAGAAGAGAAGAUUCAGGGACGGUGGGGAUGCAGAGUGUUUUUAAUGCGUUGUGA